GCAAUUCUGACAGUCACAGACCUCGACUUUGACGUUUCAUAUAACCUGUAACCUAAAAAUAUCCGGCGGUUUGAAGUCCCAUAUGGCUAUUUUUGAGGUGGCAAACUAAAUAAUACAAUUUACAUCGUUUAUCAGUUGGAUAUUGUGAGUCUGAUUUGUGUUUCUGCGAAACGAGAUCAAAAUGCUGUCCAAAGACGUCAGGAAAGCUUACAUAGACUUUUUCGUUGAGAAAGACCAUGUUUAUCAUCAUUCGUCAUCUACUAUACCUUUGGACGACCCAACAUUAUUGUUCACCAACGCUGGUAUGAAUCAAUUCAAGCCGAUUUUCCUUGGCACUGUCGACCCGAAUAGUGAUUUAGCAAAACUAACUCGAGCUGUUAAUAGCCAGAAAUGCAUAAGAGCAGGAGGGAAACACAACGACUUGGAUGAUGUUGGUAAAGACGUUUACCAUCAUACCUUUUUUGAGAUGAUGGGCAACUGGUCCUUCGGCGAUUAUUUCAAGAAAGAAAUAUGUACUUGGGCUUGGGAGUUCCUCACUGAGAGAUUGAAGUUACCUAAAGAUCGUUUGUAUGUUACAUAUUUUGGAGGAGACAAGAUAGCUGGGCUAGAACCUGAUAGUGAAUGCAAACAAUUUUGGCUGGAUCUAGGUGUACCUCCAACACAUGUCCUACCAGGUAGUAUGAAAGACAACUUUUGGGAAAUGGGUGAAACAGGCCCUUGUGGUCCAUGCUCUGAACUUCAUUUUGAUCGCAUUGGAAAUAGAGAAGUUCCACAUUUAGUCAAUGCUGAUGAUCCUGAUGUUUUAGAAAUCUGGAAUCUUGUGUUUAUUCAAUUCAAUAGAGAAUCAGAUGGUUCAUUGAAGCCUUUGCCUAAAAAACACAUUGAUUGUGGUUUGGGUUUGGAAAGAUUGGUAUCUAUCAUGCAAAAUAAGAGGUCAAAUUAUGAUACUGAUCUUUUUACACCAAUAUUUGAAGCAAUACAAAAAGGGACUGGAGCACCUCUAUAUCAAGGAAGAGUUGGGAGUGAAGAUGCAGAUGGCAUUGAUAUGGCAUAUAGAGUACUAGCUGAUCAUGCUAGAACUUUAACAAUAGCUCUUUCUGACGGUGGUACUCCAGAUAAUACAGGACGGGGAUAUGUCUUGAGAAGAAUUUUGAGGAGAGCUGUAAGAUAUGCUACUGAAAAACUCAAUGCAAAACCAGGAUUUUUCUCUACUCUUGUGAACACUGUUGUUCAAAUAUUAGGUGAUACCUUCCCAGAAGUAAGAAAGAACCCAGAAGGUGUAAUAGAUAUCAUUAAUGAGGAAGAAGAUCAGUUUCUGAAAACUCUAAGUAGAGGCAGAAAUUUAUUAAAUAGAACAAUUUCAAAGUUGGGAGAUAGCGAGGUUUUGCCAGGAGAUGUUGCAUGGAGGUUGUAUGAUACCUAUGGCUUUCCUAUUGACUUGACUUGCUUGAUGGCUGAGGAGAAAGGUUUAUCUGUUGAUAUGAUCAAGUACGAAGAGGCUAGGAAGCAAGCACAGCUGAUUUCUCAGGCAAAAGGCUCUGGUAUAGCAGAUACAAUCAACUUAGAUGUUCAUUCUAUUACUGAACUUCAAAACCAAGGUGUACCCCCAACUGAUGAUUCUCCAAAGUAUGAUUACAGUUCAGAUCAAAAAGCUGAUUCAGAUUACAACUUCCAUACCUGUGAAGCUACUGUAAUAGCAUUGAGAAGGGAUAAACGAUUUGUUGAUGAGGUCACUACAGGUCAAGAUUGUGGGGUCUUACUCGAUAAAACGAACUUUUAUGCUGAGCAAGGAGGACAGAUUUAUGACACAGGAUACUUGGUGAAAGUAGGAGAUGAAAGCGUAGAAUUCAGCAUAAAGAACGUCCAAGUGCGCGGCGGCUACGUAAUCCACAUAGGCACCAUUGAAGGGACACUUAGAAAGGGCGAUAAAGUAAUCCUACACAUAGACUGCGAUCGUCGACGGCUGGUGAUGAGCAACCACACAGGCACUCAUGUGCUGAACUAUGCUUUGAGAAAAGUGCUGGGCACAGAUGCAGAUCAACGUGGUUCGCUUGUAGCACCGGACAGACUGAGAUUUGACUUUACCAACAAGAGUGCCAUGAAUGCUGAACAGGUUAAGAAGACUGAAGAGAGUUGCAAGGAACUGAUUGAGAAGAAUGAGAAGGUGUACGCCAAGGAGGCGCAUUUAGGUAUCGCCAAAACAAUCAAAGGUCUACGUGCUGUAUUCGAUGAAACCUACCCCGAUCCCGUAAGGGUUGUAUCCAUAGGAAUCCCAGUUGAAAAAUUAGUGGAAGAUCCAUUUAACCCAGCUGGCGACAACACGUCGAUAGAAUUCUGCGGUGGCACUCAUGUACAAUAUGCCGGCCAUAUUGGAGAUUUUGUGAUAACCAGCGAAGAAGCCAUUGCUAAAGGCAUACGAAGAAUCGUUGCUUUGACUGGACCUGAAGCUGCUAAAGCUAUGAAGCGGAACGAGCUUUUGGAAAACAGACUGAACGAACUCAAAUCUGUAGUCGUUGCAGAUAAAGAUGGCUCAAAGGUCAAAGAGAACGUGAAACAAAUUGUAGAACUUACAAACGAUAUAUCGCAUGCUGUUAUCCCUUAUUGGAAGAAAGAAGAAAUGAGGGGGAUCUUGAAAAACCUUAAAAAAGCAUUAGAUGAUCGAGAAAGAGCAGUCAAAGCUGCAGUAGCCAAUCAAGUUGUUGAUCAAAUCAAAGAAUUCCUCAAAUCAAAUCCAAAUUUGCAAAUAUUAGUUCAAGAGCUGAAAGCAUUUGGUAAUACCAAAGCUUUAGAUUCGGCUCUGAAGCAAGUGCGCAGUUUGAGCCCAGCUACAUCAGCUCUGUUUUUGACGGUAGAUGCGGAGGCUAAUAAGUUGUUCUGCUUAGCUUCAGUACCAAAAGAAGCCAUAGAAAAGGGUCUGAAAGCAAACGAGUGGGUGCAAGAAGUUGCAAGGAAGUUGGGUGGUAAAGGAGGGGGCAAACCAGAUUCUGCCCAAGCAUCGGGAGCUGCUCCAACAGAUAGGCUUGAAAUUUUGGAGCUGUGCAAGAAAUUCGCUGAAAGCAAGUUGCAGUGAAAGAGUUAAAUUAAACAUUGAUCCUAACCACUUUUUGUACUAAUUAUUAUUUUGUAAUUUUUUAUAUUUACUAUAUUGGUUUGGAAAUAUAUUCGAUUGAUAUUUCAGA